CAGCGAGGCAGCGGGCAACCCGCGGGCUGGUUGGCGGGCCCGCGGUGGUGCGGAGAGCUGGCCGUCCGAUCGGUGGAGGGCCAUGGCCGCUUCUCCGGUGCCCGGCGGCGGCGGUGCCGGAGCUGUCCACUCCUCCAACGCACCUAGCUUCGCCUUCGACCCGGGACUGGAGAUCAGGACGCGCUCGGUGGAGCAGACGCUGCUGCCCCUGGUUUCUCAGAUUACUACACUUAUUAACCAUAAAGAUAAUACCAAAAAGUCUGAUAAAACUCUGCAGGCAAUUCAGCGUGUGGGACAAGCUGUCAAUGUGGCAGUUGGAAGAUUUGUUAAAGUAGGAGAAGCUAUAGCUAAUGAAAACUGGGACUUGAAAGAAGAAAUUACUAUUGCCUGCAUUGAAGCUAAACAAGCAGGAGAAACAAUCGCAGCACUCACAGAUGUGGCCAAACUAAAUCAUCUGGAAUCGGAGGGCCAGAUCACAAUUUUGACAGACAAAACAGGAGUUGUGCAGGCCGCCAGGCUGCUGCUGUCCUCGGUGACAAAGGUGUUGCUGCUGGCAGACCGGGUAGUCAUCAAGCAGAUAGUGACAUCAAGAAACAAGAUUCUUGCCACCAUGGAAAGGCUAGAGAAAGUACAGAGUUUCCAAGAAUUUGUUCAAAUAUUCAGCCAGUUUGGAAAUGAAAUGGUGGAGUUUGCACAUCUAACGGGAGACAGACAAAAUGAUUUGAAGGAUGAGAAGAAGAAGGCCAGAAUGGCAGUAGCGCGGACUGUGCUUGAGAAGGGUACCAUGAUGCUACUCACGGCUUCAAAGACGUGUCUCAGGCAUCCCAGCUGUGACUCCGCCCAUAAAAACAAAGAAGGAGUGUUUGACCGGAUGAGGGUAGCCCUGGAGAAGGUCAUUGAGAUCGUGACUGACUGCAAACCCAACGGAGAGACUGACAGCUCCUCCAGCAUUUUUACUGGGAUUAAAGAAUUGAAGUUGAAUAUUGAAGCUCUUCGUGAGAAUCUUUACUUUGAGUCCAAAGAGAACCUUUCUGCUGCAUUGGAGGUCAUCUUAGAGCGUGUGGAGGACUUCACUGACUCUGCCUAUACCAGCCAUGAGCACAGGGAGCGAAUCUUGGAGCUGUCUGUUCAGGCAAGAACAGAACUGCAGCAGUUCAUUUCCGUGUGGAUGCAAGCGCAGAGCAGGAAGACAAAGAGUGCUGCCGAGGAGCUGGAGCUCACCAUUCUGAAGCUCAGCCACAGCCUCCACGAGCUGAGGAAAGAACUUCAUAGUACAGCCAUGCAGCUGGCAGCUGACCUGUUAAAAUUCCAUGCUGAUCAUGCGGUUUUAAAAGCAUUAAAAGUUACUGGAGUAGAAGGAAAUUUGGAAGCUUUGGCUGAAUACGCUUGCAAACUCUCUGAGCAGAAAGAACAGCUUGUUGAGACGUGUCGAUUGUUGCGGCAUGUAUCUGGAACAGAACCCCUGGAAAUAACCUGUGUACAUGCAGAGGAGACAUUUCAGGUGACUGGCCAACAGAUCAUAUCUGCUGCUGAAACAUUGACGCUGCAUCCGUCUAGCAAAAUUGCUAAGGAAAACCUGGAUGUGUUUUGUGAAGCUUGGGAAUCUCAGAUCAGUGAUAUGGCGACACUGCUAAGAGAAAUCAGUGACGUGUUUGAAGGAAGACGAGGAGAGAAGUAUGACCAUCUUUCACUUCCAAAGCCCCCGAAGAAUAAUGCAAACCUGAAGUCAUUAAAGCCUGACAAAUCUGACUCAGAGGAGCAAGCCAAGAUCGCAAAGCUCGGGCUGAAGCUGGGUUUGCUCACCUCUGAUGCUGACUGUGAGAUCGAGAAGUGGGAGGACCAAGAGAAUGAGAUCGUUCAGCACGGACGGAACAUGUCCAGGAUGGCUUAUUCUUUAUAUUUAUUUACUAGAGGAGAGGGGCCACUGAAGACUUCCCAGGACUUAAUUCACUUCCUAGAGGUUUUUGCUGCAGAGGGUUUAAAGCUUACUUCAAGUGUCCAGUCAUUUUCAAAACAGCUAAAAGAUGAUGACAAACUUAUGCUUCUCCUGGAAAUAAACAAGCUAAUUCCUCUAUGCCACCAGCUUCAGACAAUUACUAAGACAUCUUUGCAGAGUAAAGUGUUUCUAAAGGUUGACAAGUGUAUUACAAAGAUAAGAUCCAUGAUGGUUCUCGUGGUCCAGCUCCUCUCACUUUGCUCUAAGCUGCUGAAGAAGGUGGAAAAUAACAGAUGGGUCUCAUCGACAAAUAAAGAUAUCAUGGAUGGUAAAACUUGAGCAGCCUGGAGAUCAUCUCUGGAAUAUCAUGUUACAGCUGACAUUUUAAAGAAGCAAACAAUCCUUUGUACUUUCAGAAAUUCAUCAGUUUUUUUUAAGAAGAAUGCUGAAAUCUUUUUUUUUUUUUUUUUUUUCUCAUCUUCAGAUUAGAAAGCUUACCGACAGUCAUAUUGCUAUGGCAGUUGCUAAGAUUCUAAUGGCAGUGCAAUUUGAAAAUAGACACUGUGCUCAGGGAUUCAGUGCAUACCAAAUAUCCCAACUGUCUUAAUGAUGGCUGAAUCCCAAAGAAGCAAUUGCAAAUACACUCCCCUUUGGCACCCUUAACUGUUUUUUAAGCUGACUGUAUCCAACACUAAUUUCAGCAGAAAAAUACACAGUGGCCUGGUUGAAUGCAGUUUUUCUUAGACCUGUGGACUCUUCAAUUCUUGUUGAAGCAGGUUAUCCUUCCAUAUGCCUGGUCAUAGAGCAUCUCUGCUAGCUGCUGCUUCUAACAAGCAUCUCACUCGUAAGGUUGUUAGGCUGCAACUGUCCCUUCCCUACUUCAGGAAGGAAAACAAUAGGAGUUCUUGAAAGAACCCUGGAGCAACUGCAGAAGAGGAAAUGGCUUUUUAUUCCAGCUGUAGUGUGCAUAGCUAACCUGGUAGUCCUGAAUAGUGGAUGGAAUCCUAUUUCUUACUGGGUUAAAAAACAAAGUUUUGAACUAUCUUUCUCAGUAUUGAUGGAAUGCAAGGUGCAGGAGACAGAACAUUGGAACCAAGAGGCUGUUUUAAAUUUCUAAUACUUAUGCACUGUAUUUUAUGUGGCAUUGGAAAGCUUAUUAUAAAAUAAAUAUUUUUAGCCUUUUUAA